AUGAGUGGCGCAACCAAAUCAUGGGUAGUGGCAUCGAGCAUUGGAGCAGUGGAGGCCUUGAAAGACCAGCUGGGGGUAUGCAGAUGGAACUAUGCUUUGAGGUCAUUACAGCAAUAUGCCAAGAACAAUAUCAGAUCUUAUAGUUUAGCUCCCAAAUUUUCUUCUGCUGCAAUUUCCAACAAGGUUGAAAGAACAAAGGAAGAUUCUAUGAGUAAAGUCAUGGAAUUCAAUUGCUGGGGUCCCAGUACUACAAGGUUUUAG